GCGGUGGCGGUGGCGGGCGCGAUCACGGUGGCGAUAAAGUCUUUCCACACCAACGACGCGGCGGUAGCGAUCAGUUUGAAAAAUCGCGUAAGCACAACAUCGUAAAUGAUGCAUCGAUUAUCACGUCUGGAAGAAGAAGCAAUACUUUUAGCAGCUGUAGUUGAUGAUGAGGAGCAGCAGCAAGCAAGAAAGAAGCGUAGGAAAACGUGGAUUCACGACCUUAAUCUGCUUCGUGAACAUGAAGGAGAAUUUCAUACUUUAUAUCGGCAACUGCGACAGCAUGAAGAACGGUUCUAUAUUUACUUUCGGAUGCCAAUUGAAUGCUUUGAUGAUCUACUGGACCUAAUUAAGGGAGAUAUAAAGAAGGAAUGUACGAACUACAGGAGGCCUAUUGAACCCGUGGAACGCCUGGCAGUUGCCUUGAGGUUUCUAGCAACUGGUGACUCUUAUACCACAAUAGGCCACAGCUUUCGGAUGGGAUUUUCUACAGUUAGUGAUAUUGUUAAGGAAGUGUGUGACGCAAUUUGGAAACGUUUGCAGCCUACUUACAUGCCUGAACCUACAAAAGAAAUGUGGGAAGAAAUAAUAUUAGGUUUUAAUGAAACAUGGCAGUUUCCUAAUUGUCUUGGAAGCAUCGAUGGGAAACACAUUACCAUAAAGUGCCCAAAUAAUUCUGGUUCAAAGUAUUUUAGCUAUUUGAAAAAAUAUUCGAUAGUUUUAAUGGCUAUUGUUGAUCACAAUUACAAAUUUAUUUGUAUAGACGUAGGUGGUUAUGGAAAGAAUAGUGAUGGUGGUAUUUUUGAAGCGUCGGCUAUGGGGAGAAAGAUAGCUGAUGGAACAUUCAGUAUUCCAGCAGACAGGUCCUUGCCUAGUCAGAAUGAACUUACUCCUUGUGUGUUAAUAGGCAACGAAGCAUUUCCUCUACGCCCAAAUAUAAUGCGCCUCUUUCCAUACAGACAAUCAAGAGAGGACUACAGAAAGGAGAUCUACAAUAAGCGACUAUGUCGAGCUCGACGUGUUGUAGAAAAUGCGUUCGGAAUUUUAGCUCAAAAGUGGAGGAUAUUUCUUAGGCCAAUUCAGGUGAAAGUGGAAACUACAAUAUCUAUUGUAAAGGCCGCAUGCAUUCUACAUAAUUAUUUGCGUUCAACAAACUCUGGCAUGAGGUUCGAGCACU